AUGAUGGAGGUUAAUAUCACCGGACAGUCCAAGCCCGUGGAAGUUACUUGCGUGGCUGAAGUGAAACCUUUGGAUAUUGGAAUCUCUACGGAGAAUGGAGAAGCGCUCUCUGCAUUUGGAGUUUGCGACGAUGAGGAAGAAGACAAGUUGUGCGGUUGGCUGUCCGUCAGACCGAACACAAGACUUCUGCCCAAGAUAAACAAGCAAAGAUAUUUCGUCUUCUCCGACAAAACUUGCAAACUUUAUCAUUACAGAAGUCAACAUGAUAUGCUUCCAUUGGGAGAAAUUGAUAUUUACAAUGCUUCUUUCAACUUUGAGGCCAGUAAUUUGGAUAAGCCGGGCCUCUUUGAAAUUAGCUCAAGUGAAGAGUUUUACUUUCCUUUCUUUUGCUUCUCCUUUUUUCUUCUGUUUCUUUUCUUUCCCUCCUUCCGUUUCUUUUCUUUCCCUCCUUCCGUUUCUUUUCUUUCCCUCCUUCCAUUUCUUUUCUUUCCCUCCUUCCGUUUCUUUUUCCUUUCUCCCUGUAACUUUCAGAAAUGUCAUUAA